GACACUGUUAAACAUCAUGGUAUCAGUACGACAAAACAACUCUUUUGGCAAAUUUUGAGGUGAGAAGAACGUAUUUGAACCUAUAAAUUUCCAUAUUUUCCCUUGUAAAAGUUGUUGUUUAUCCCAUUUCAAUUAUAUUUUCGCCAUGUAUGAAUUAAAUAUUUAUGAUAGUACAUAUUGUUAAAGACAAAUAAUUGGCAGGUUGAUAAUGGUGAUGAACCCAGCCUGAAUUUUAAUUUUGCAUUUUUUGUUAAAAUUAUUAGAAUUUUAGAUAAUAAUAUAUGACACCAACCAUUAGUCUAAACUUGUGUUAUUUUUUGUUUCCUGUUAUGAAAACUAACCAUCUCUGUCAUACCCAUUUCAUUUCGUGCUCAAUAAUAUUGAGACAAAUAACUCUGAUUUGAGUUUCAGGAACACUUUGGAGUUGUUCAAUGGCUUUUGUUGUUGUAACCUCUCUGCUAGAUAUGGUAGAACAGCACCUUCUUCAACUCAAUCCAUCUCUGAUUCGUAAUGUUAAAGAAAUUAUUGUGUCAUUGUCUCACAAGCUCUGCACUUUGCAAGCUUUUCUUGAGGAAUCUCGGGAGAAAAUAAAUCGCCCGCAUGCUAUGGAAGCUGACAUCCGGGGUGUAGCUGCUCAAAUAGAAGGAGAAAUAAAAUCUGUGAUGCGUAAAGUUUAUCAGGCAGCUAAUAGGCGGGGAAUGUAUGUAUUUUGGGAAUAUUAUGAUCUUUCUAUGGCCUUGGAACAAGCAGUAACAAAUAUCGAGAAAAUUGAAUCAAGGAUCUUGGUUCAAAAUGCAAAUGAUUUUUCAUAUGUUGGUUCAUCAACAAAUGAUUUCAAGGAGGAUAAUGUCAUGGUUGGGGGUAGCUUACAAUAUGCUUCUGAUAUUGAGAAUGAAAUCAUUGUCGGAUUCGACGAGGAUAUUGAAGAGAUAGUGCAUAUGGCCGUUCAUCCAAGGUCCAUAGAACGAGACAUUAUCUCAAUCGUGGGGGAAGGAGGCAUUGGAAAGACCACAUUAGCCAAAGUAGUCUUUCAAGAUCAACGUAUUACUGCUUGCUUUGAAAUUCGAGCAUGGGUUCUUGUGUCUAAAGAAUAUAACCUUAAAGAGAUGCUCAUUGGUUUAUUACGUUGUAUUAUGCCGAUUACUAGAGAUAUCUCUAACAUGGACGAAGCUCAACUAGAAGAGAAACUAUGUAGAAGUUUGAUGGGUAAGAGGUAUCUAAUUUUCUUAGAUGAUGUAUGGACUAUGGAAGUCUGGGAUGCCAUCAAAAGAUGUUUUCCACAUAAUUCUAAUGAAAGAAAUCCAAUCAUGUUAACUACUCGGGUAGUUGAUGUGGCUGAACACUUAAGUUAUUUUUGUGACAUAAAAAGAAUGAAGUUCCAAAAUCUAGAGAACAGUUGGAAAUUAUUUUCUAUGAAGGUGUUUUGCCCCCCUGCACUAGAGAAACUUGGGCGUCAAAUUUCUUCUCAAUGCCAGGGAUUACCAUUAGCAAUUAUUGUGAUAGCUAGAUUUCUGGCAGCAACCAAAGGAUCAUUAGAAGUAUGGAGAAAAGUUGCAGAAACGUUGAAAGAAAUGGAUUGGGCUGAUGACAAAACUUCAAAAAUACUUUUGUUGAGCUAUGAUUACUUGCCUAGUCAAUUAAAAGCUUGCUUUCUUUAUUUUGGAGUUUUUCCUAGAAAUUGUUGUAUCCCUAUUAAGAAAUUAAUCAACUUAUGGGUUGCAGAAGGAUUUUUAAAGCUAGAGAAAAAUAAGAGUUUGGAGGAAGUAGCAGAGAAUUGCUUGCUUGAUCUUACUAACAGAAGUCUAGUUCAAGUUGACAAAGUCAGUAUUGAUGGCAAAAUGAAGGAGUGUAGAAUUCAUGAUCGGUUGCAUGAGAUUUGUGUGAAAGAGGCUGAAAAAGAGAACAUUGUUCGGAUUGUCGAUGAAACACAUGCCCUACAAGUUUAUCGAUGGAUAAGUUGUCAAUCAAGUCAUUGGCCUAUCACUCAAGCUAGUUGUGGGGAAAACAUGUCCAGUGAAAUCCACUCCAUUCUCUUCUUUGGCAAAGAUUUCUACUUUUCAAAAUGCAGGUUGGUGUACUCGUGUUUGAAAGUGCUAACAGUAUUGGAUCUGUCUUUGGUUAAAUACUUACAUGGCAUGCCUAGUGGAAUAACGGAUUUGAUUCAUUUGAGAUACUUGGCUUUAAGCACUAUAGGUUCUCUUUAUAAGUUUAGAUUGUUGAAGCUUCAAAAUUUGCAAACUCUCAUUGUCUGUUCAUGGAUGGAAGAGUAUCCUUUGCAACUAGCAUGUGAUAUUUUGGAUUUGCCACAGUUGCGGCACUUGCGCCUUGAAAAGAGAUGUUCACAAUACCUCCCAAGCGUGGUUCGAGAAAAUCUACAAACUCUUUAUUGGUUGAAAGUUACUAGCUUGGAGCGAAAACCAAACUUUAGAAUGGUGCCAAACUUGAAGGAACUGGGGAUCUACAUUGAAGGUGGACUACUGCCUGGUUGUGUUGACAGCCUUGUCCAUUUACAUCUACUUGAGAAGUUAAAAUUUGAAAUUGGAAGGGUUGAGCGGUUUUGCCUUCCUACUGCUUUUCCAUCAAACCUUAAGAAAUUGACAUUUCGUCGUUCUUAUCUUCCAUGGGAAAAGAUGGGUGUAAUUGGCAAGUUGCAACAGCUUGAGGUGCUCAAAUUGAAAGAUUUUGCCUUUCGUGGUCCAAAGUGGGAACCAAUAGAUGGGGAGUUUCGGGUAUUAAAGGUACUCCUUAUUGCAUAUUCAGAUCUCAAACAAUGGAAUGUAAAUGUUUGUCAUUUCCCCGUUUUGGAGCGCCUAAUCUUAAGAAAUUGUUGGGAUUUGGAAAAAGUUCCGGAUUCUUUUGCAAACAUGAGAACAAUGAAAUUAAUUGAGUUAGGUAACUGUACUUCUCCUCUUGUGGCUUCUACAAACCAGUUUUCUUCUACAAACAUGUUAUUGUUUAAGAAAAUGCCUGAUGAGGCACUUCGUGUUCGUCAUGUUGGAACUAAGGUUGAAUUGCCAAAUAAUGAAAUAUCUGAAGAAGAAAAUGUGGAAAGCUCGGAGGAAGAAAUUGUAGAAAUCUCUGAAGAAGAAAGUGCAGAAAGCUCCAAUAAUGAAAAAGGUCUGAAAGCUCAGAAGAAGGCGUUGAAAGCUCUAAAAAGGAAUGCAUUGAGACUGAGUAAAUUGAAGAGGAAAGUGUGGAGAGCUCUAAGAAGAAAGUGACAGAGGAGGAGGAAGCUA